AUGACGUUCGGCACGGACAAAUCGGCCCUCCACUACUACGACGUGAGCCUGGUCGACGGAUUCAACCUUCCGGUGGCGAUGGUGCCGGUUGGAGGAGGCGUGGGCUGCGGAUCGGCGGCCUGCGAGGUGGAUCUGAACGUCUGCUGCCCGUCGAGGUUCGAGGUGAGGAAGGGGGGGAGGGUGGUGGGCUGCCGGAGCGCCUGCCAGGCGUUGAAGACGGACAAGUACUGCUGCACCGGCGAGUUCGCCUCACCGAAGAGCUGCCGGCCGACGCUCUUCUCCACCCUGUUCAAGUCCUUAUGCCCCCGGGCGUACAGCUUCGCCUUCGACGACUCCUCCAGCCUCCGGACCUGCAGGGCCUCCCGCUAUCUCAUCACCUUCUGCCCUCCGAGGAGAUGA